AUGGCAGAUAAAUUUCAAUUAAGCGAACCAUUCAAUUAUUUUAUGGACAAAGAGUUUUCAAAUAAUGAUUUAAUAUCAUUUUGGGAUGAAAUUGGAAAAAAAUAUAUAAAAUGGGAUAAAAUGUAUACUAAGGUGUAUAGUGGAAAUGAAAAAAAGCCACAAUGGUAUAAUGGAGGCUUAGUAAAUUUAUGCAAUAAUGUUUUGGAUAAAAAUUUAAAAGAAAAUGGAAAUAAAAUUGCUUUUUAUCAUGAUUGCCCAUCCAAAAACUAUUCAAAUAAAGUUACUUAUUUUGAAUUAUGGGAAAAAGUAUGUGUAUUUUCAAGAGUAUUAAAGAAUUUGAAUAUAAAAAAAGGAGAUGUUGUUAUGAUUUUGAUGCCAAAUCAAAUUGAAACCAUUGUAGCAAUGUUAUCUUGUGUAAGAAUUGGAGCAAUUUAUUGUACAUGUCCUCUUAUUUUAAACUCAAAAAUGAUUGCAGAUAAAAUUGAAUAUAUAAAACCAAAAUUAAUAAUUUCUACAAAUUAUGCAGUAAGUGGUUCAGAUUACAAUUAUUUAAUACCAGUUUUAAAUGAUGCAAUUCUCUUAUCAAAUUUAAAAAUUGAAAAUAUAAUUAUAUAUGAUCGUAUCGAUUUUAUUAAUAAAGAAAAACAAGAAUCAUUUUUAGAUAGACCUCAAAAUAAAAAAUUCAAAGGUAUUCAAAUUGAAAACGCUUUAGAUUGGGAUGAAAUUUGUAAAAAUGUAGAACCAUUGGUAGAAUAUGAACUUUUAGAAUCAUCUAGCCCUGUUUGUAUUACAUUUUCAAGUGGUACCACUGGAGUAUCCAAAGGUUUUAUUACUGAAACAGGCUCCUUUAUUGCACAUUUAGGAUAUUCAUAUAAAAAUAACUAUGGUUUUAGAGAAGAUGAUAUUUUACUUACCACCAUUGGUCUUGGAUGGGCAUUUGGUCAAAACACAAUAUUUGGUUCUUUAAUACAUGGUUGCUCACUUGUUUUAUAUGAAGGUAAUAUGGGUAUGGUUUCAUUUGACUAUUAUAAACUAAUUGAAAAAUAUAAAGUCUCAAUGAUUUUAUCUACAUCUUUACCUUUUAGAUUACUUCAAAACAUUGACCCAGAAGCUGAAGUUUCGAAACAAUAUAACUUAUCAAGUUUAAGAGUAAUUGUUUUAGGUGGUGAAAUAUUAGACUCAUCAAUUUUAAAAUAUAUUGAAAAAAUUGGUGUUAGGGUAAUUGAUAUAUAUGGUCAAAGUGAGUGUAUUAUUUUGUUAACCACACCAUCUUUACAACUACCUAGCCGUCCAAAAUCAGCAGGUGUUCCUACAUCUGGACUUAAUUUAUAUAUUUUAUCAUUAGAAGAUAAACAACCAAUUACAAAACCAUUUCAAUUUGGUGAGAUUGUAGUUAAACUGCCAUUAACACCUUUUCAUAUUCAAGAAUUAUUAUAUGAUGAUGAAGAUCGAACAUUGUUAAAUGAAAAAUAUUUAAAAAAAUAUCCAGGGUAUUUCAAUACUGGUGAUUUAGGUUACUUUGAUAAUGAUGGAUACUAUUAUGUUGUAUCAAGAGCAGAUGAUGUUAUAAACUCAGGUAAUGGUUUAAUUUACAAUUCAUUUUUUGAAGAUGCUAUACAACACAAUGAAAAGGUAUUUGAUAAUGUUGUUGUCCCAGUGACAUCAGAUGAUCCAUCAAAACAAGAUGCAGUUGCAUUUAUUAUUUUAAAUGAUAAAUUUAAAAAUGAAUAUGAUGAAAACCCAAAACAGUUUUUAAAUACCCUCAAAAAUGAAAUCAAUAAUUCAAUAGUUUUUGAUUCCGUAAUUACUGUUGAAAAGAAUGCUUCAAUUAAACACGUCGUUGUACUUUUUGAUAUUCCCAAAUCAGUUAGUAACAAAAAAAUCAGACCUUUAUUAGCUAAAAUGUUUGAAGAAAAGGAAUAUGCUAUACCUUCAUCAAUGAUGAACACUCAUUUAUUACCUCAAUAUGAAAACCAAAUAAAAUUCUAUAAAUCACUCUAAAAUAAAUAAAAAAUAAAAAAUUGGAUAUU